AGAAAACUCCUUGUUAAUAUUUAAUCAUGAUGAGAACUAUUUUAAUAAUCGCGAAACUUCCUUUUCCGUAAGAAUCUGAAGAUGAGGCGUCGUCGAUUUCCGAUGCUUUCUCUCCUAUUUCUGUUUCUUUUGAUGGGAGGCUGGUUUUAUGCCUUUACAUUUGCAAACCAUGAUAGCUGUCGGAGACUCAAGUUUCUGGAAAUAAGAGAUGGUUAUGCAUUGGUGGGCCAUGUCUUUGAAAACAUUUUAAUGCCAGUCGGAAUGCAUAUAUACAGUCACUGCAGAAAUUGGUGUACAAUGAAAGACAGAUGUAAAUCAAUCAACAUGGGACCCUCAGGAGAAAAAGAUAAAGUUUUGUGUCAAUUGAGUGACUCGGACCAUUUACAACACCCAAAUGAUCUGAAACCCAUGGCAAGCUUUAUAUAUAGGGGCACGGAGAACAAGUGUUGCUUCAACAUGUGCUACAACAAUGGAACUUGCCUGGUUGGAUUUACGGACAAGGGAUACAAAUGUUUGUGUCCACCUGGUUACACGGGAGAAUUCUGUGAAAAAGUAUUCAGUGCCGUUUUUACGAACCUCAACGCCAGUGGAAGAUUUGGUCCAACAACGCUGGCCAGUCACUACGCAGGUCAGGAUCAUGACGGACAAGUUACACUGUCCAGCGGUAUUCAACAGUGGACUGUGCCAUACACUAGCGACUACAGGAUAGAAGCAAUAGGAGCAGCAGGAGGAUACGAUACACUCAACAACAGUGCUCAGUAUCGAGGAAGAGGAGCAAGAAUGAUUGGAACAUUCAGUUUAAACAAGAGUGAAGUCAUUCAGAUACUUAUCGGUCAAGAAGGAGGAAUAAACAAGGGUAAUUGGUCUUCUGGCGGUGGUGGAGGUACAUUUGUAGUGAGAGGAGCCAACAAAUCUUUGAUCAUAGCCGGGGGCGGAGGAGGUACGCAGGGAUUAAAGUCAAGGCAGUCAGGAUGUGAUGCUAGUUAUGGUUCACCGGGAAAUUCUGGUUACAGAUCAUGGUCAGGGGGGAGCAAUGGACAUGGUGCACAGACCGCUGACACUGGCGCUUCCGGUGGCGGCGGAGGAGGUUUCUACUCCAGCGGCAGAAGCUCAGUGAGGUUUGGUGCUACCAUAGGAAGUGGUGGUGAGGGUGGUAAAGGAUUUCUUCAGGGAGGAGUGGGAGGUAGAGCUCUGUUUAACAAUGUUUAUGGUGGAUUUGGUGGAGGUGGAGGAGCUUUUGGAAAAGGGGGAGGCGGUGGAGGAGGAGGGGGGUACUCUGGAGGAGGCAGUGGAGAUAAUAAACAUAGUUCCUGUGGAGGCGGUGGAGGAUCUUACAAUGUUGGCAAAAAUCAACAAAAUGAAUGUUGCUUUCGAUCAUUUGGCCAUGGUCAGGUGGAGAAGGUGGAAAAGAAUUUCUCUAGGGCGGGCUGGGAAGCAGAUCUUGGGUUUACGAAGUUCUUGGUGGAUUUGGAGGAGUUGGAGGUGCUGAUGGGGCUGGAGGAGGAGAAGGAGGAGGAGGAGGGUACUCUGGAGGAAGCAGUGAACAAGUGUUCCUUCAACAUGUACUACAACAAUGGAACUUGUCUGGUUGGAUUUGCGGACAAGGGAUACAAAUGUGUGUGUCCACCUGGUUACACGUGA